CCACUGUGGUGUUCCUCUCUCUUUGGCAUCAAACUCGCACUUUGCUCCGAAUACGAAUCGAUGCCGUCGGAUAGGAGGAUGUUUGACCAAGACCUCCGCUGCCAAUCACUGGCUGUUACGGCUGACCUCGGCUUUGUCGUCUCCUCCCACCUCCGCAGUCAGCUUUCCCCAGAUUAAAAGAUCCGCAUCUGCGCCCUCGAAAAGACAACUCGAUGGUAUAAGCUUACGAUAGCUUAAACGAUAGCUACCCUACAGAUCGUCUCUUAUCAAUUGACCGUCUCGCCCGCUUUCCGUCGACCCGCUUCGGAAGUCCGCAGCGCCUUCUACUCCUCCCACGCACGCGUUGCUCGAGGCUUUCAGGCUGAAAGAUAGUAGGAAAAAGUUAGGGUGGAGAAAUAAUGUCGCCUUUGGACCGACUGCAGAAGCUUGCUUCGCAUUUCACGUCUGCAACUCCUGUGCCUGGGUCUGAGACGAAGAUACAUCCGGGAGACAGCCAUGAAUACCAUCACAGGCAUAACUUCCAUACGCUGUCGCCAACAGCGUUUCUGUGGAGAGCGGCAUCUAUAGAGCCUCAUGCCAUAGCCGUCUACCACAAAACUGCCAACGAAAAGAUCCUCCGCCGUUCCUAUGAAGAACUCGCCGACCGCGCGCGUGGCCUCGCCUACUACCUCCACAAACACAACCACAAGCGCGUCGGCAUCCUCGCAACCAACACGCCCGCCUUCCUCGAAUCGCUCUUCGGUAUCGCAGCCGCCGGCGCUGUUCAGGUCGCUGUCAACUACCGCCUCAAGACCGACGAUAUCAGCUACAUCUUCCAGCAUUCUGAAGUCGAUGUUAUCAUCGUAGACUUUGAGUUUGAGGGGUUGUUGGAGAAGUUUCAGAAGGAGAGGCCCGGCGUGAAGUUGAUCGUGGAUACGGAUUUAGAUGCGACGGAAGGGGAGCUGAGUGGGCCGUUUGAUGACGCAGUGUUGGAGGGUUUGACGUGGGAUAGAGAGACGGGUGGGAAGGGUUGGAGUGGGCUACAGGCGCAGGCGGAAGACGAGGAGAGUCUCAUUGCGCUAGCGUAUACAUCGGGCACGACGGCGAGGCCGAAGGGUGUGGAGUAUACGCAUCGCGGGUGCUAUCUGGCCGCUAUGGGCAAUGUCAUCGAGUCUGGGCUGAACUAUCAUACGGGACGGUGCAAGUAUCUAUGGACGCUCCCAAUGUUCCACGCGACAGGGUGGACUUUUCCAUGGGCGAUUACAAUGGUACGAGGGACGCAUUACUGCUUACGCAAAAUCGACUAUCCGGAGAUUUGGAGGCUGUUGAAAGAGGAGGGGAUUACGCAUUUCAACGCCGCGCCGACGGUGAACACGUUGCUGUGCGCUGCGAAGGAAGCAGAACGGCUCGAACACCCUGUCCGCGUCACCGUUGCUGCAAGCCCGCCGAGCGCCUGGCUGUUCGAGCAGAUGAUGAACCUCAACCUGCACCCCGUGCACGUCUACGGCCUUACGGAAACCUACGGACCCAUCACAAAAGGCUAUCACAUGCCAGAAUGGGAAGAGAUCCCACUGAAAGAGAAGUACGCGAAGAUGGCGCGGCAGGGCCAUGGGUUCAUUGCCUCUUUGCCCGCGCGGGUCAUCAAGCCGGAUCAGCCGGAGGGCGUCCUCGUAGACGUGGAAAGGAACGGAAAAGAAAUCGGAGAAAUCGUGUUCGAAGGAAAUAUUUGCGCGAAGGGGUACUUCAAAGACGCUGAAGCGACGAGGAAGCUUUGGGCGGGUGGCGUCAGUCACUCCGGUGAUCUUGCAGUGUGGCAUCCCGAUGGAGCGAUUCAGAUCCUAGAUCGGGCGAAGGAUAUUAUUAUUUCUGGCGGCGAAAACAUCUCCUCCGUAGCCCUUGAAUCCAUGCUCUCCACGCACCCUUCCAUCCUAGAAGUUGGCGUGGUCGCAGUCCCAGAUUCCCACUGGGGCGAGCGACCUAAGGCCUUCGUCACCGUCAAAGAAGGCGAGAGCAUGAAAGGGAAAGAUGUGAUCGAUUGGGCAAAGCAUAAGAGCGAUAUUAGCAAGUUUAUGGUGCCGAGAGAGGUGGAGCUUGUGAAGGAGCUGCCGAAAACGAGUACGGGCAAGAUCAAGAAGAAUGUACUGCGCGAGUGGGCGAAGGGGCAUUGGGAUGUGAAAUAGAUGGAGAGGGAGUAUGUAAGUUCAAAAAGGUUGCGGGCGCGUGGCUUAUUGCGCUGCUAGACAUCCGAGUUAGAAGCUCAAAAUUCGAAUUUGG